ACUGACGGUGAUUAAUAUAUAACAAGUACGAUGAUGACACGUCUAAACCUUCGAGGAGCUUUGCUACGAGCCAAUUGGCUUGUUAGGAGGCCAACAUCCGGUCCAGCACACUAUUCGACUGCGGCAGCUACGGACGUGAAUGCGCUCCUCUCGAAGCCAACCUGGUCCGUCAAGUCUCUUCUGCCUGCUUCGCAACAAGAGAAUGGCGCCGAGAUCACGCCAAAACAACUGAGGCACCUGCUUCGACUCGCUGCCCUUCCACAACCAUCGAGCCAGGCCGAAGAAGAGGACAUGCUCAAGACAUUGGCGUCACAAAUACAUUUUGUGAAAGAGAUACAACAGGUCGAUACUACGGGCGUAUCCCCACUGCGCAGCAUACGUGACGAAACCGCCGAUGCUCAGAAGGAGAAUACAAUUGAUGUUGCUCUGUUAAAGUCCGCUUUGGAACGGGAAGAAUUCGUCGGACGGACCAAGCGCAUUCGUCGUAAACCUGCCGAGAAACUAGAUAAGCCAGACGGUGAUACGUGGGAUGGAGACGCCCUCAAGGCUGCCAGCAAGACCAUGGGCCGAUCAGGAACCGGCGGCCAGCCGACACUCCAGAAUCGGAGAGAUGGUUCUCAGGCUCCUUCACAAGAUAUUCGCGAGGUUCUGAGUGAUUCGCAGUGUAAUGACCUAGUUGACUUGGUCCUCAACGCCACAGACUCCAUGGAAGCAUUGCUAUGUCCCCGUUCCGAGCCAGAUAUGAAGGAGAGUCUAUCCCGUGCGAAUACCUUUGAUAGCGGGAAAGAAGAGGUUGACUUCCUAGGUGGCCAGACGGAACAACCACGGCGUCCAAGAAGGCCAGUGAGGUCAGCAACGACAGUUGCGGCGAUAAAGACAGAGGCAGAGGCAUCUCGGCAUUUCAACUCGUGGAGAGAUGCUGUUUUAGCUAGGUUGCGAGAGGCCCUCCAGGACAAAAAAGGGAGAGCACCGCUGCAGCCCAAACAAGCACAGCAGUCUUUAAUUGAUCUGGAUGAAGACGGUCCCGGAGCACAAGAGAACCUGCUCCAAGAGUUACCAAAUGAAACCAAGGAUAUAAUUGUCAACUCCCUUCUUCUUAUACUUCUAAGUUUAGAACACUAUAAUGCACAUUCACGCGUGCUCUUGGUCAGGGUGGCCUUGCAACUUGGCCUACAGGCUGCCGAUGUAUCAGAGCAUGAGAUGAAGGUCGCACACGUAUUAUUGGAUAGUGUGAAGGAAAUGAAUAUGGCUGAAGAAGAACUCAAGCGUAAAGCUGAGAAAAGCAAGGCCAGUCGGAGGUGGAAGGUUGGCCUUGCAUCUGUAGCUGGCGCGGCACUCAUCGGGGUGACUGGUGGUUUAGCCGCACCAUUGGUUGCUGCUGGUGUUGGGACCAUACUAGGAGGUCUAGGCCUCGGUGCAACUGUUGCUGCUGGAUACCUUGGUGCUGUUGCCGGCAGUUCCAUCAUCAUUGGUGGAUUGUUUGGCGCUUACGGCGCCAAAAUGUCUGGCAGGAUGAUGGACCGCUACGCUAGGGAGGUUGAAGACUUUGCCUUUCUACCACUUGGUUCCACUCCAAAGCCUGCCACUGAGCCAACGGCUACGGAGCCUCCAUCUUCUGAUAAUCGGCUAAGGGUAACGAUUGGAAUCAGUGGCUGGCUUACCGAAGGGAAGGACGUCAUUGAUCCGUGGCGAGUUCUCGGGCCUGAUUCGGACGUUUUUGCACUUCGGUGGGAAUUGCAUGCACUUCUAAGACUUGGGAGUUCCAUGACUACCUUCGUAAGGAACACAGCCUGGUCGUUUGCUGGAAGAACCGUGCUGAGCAAGACCGCCCUUGCGCCCGUUGUGGGAGCAGUGAUGCUUCCCGUUACUAUCUCGAGAAUCUCAUACAUCAUCGACAAUCCAUUUAAUGUUGCCAAGGUCCGCGCAGACAAGGCCGGCCAAAUCCUAGCAGACGCCAUCAUCAACAAAGCCCAAGGCGAGCGAUCUGUCACUCUAGUAGGAUACUCGCUCGGUGCCCGUGUGAUCUUCUCUUGUCUCAUUGCUCUUGCAAAAAGACGGGCUUUCGGACUCGUGGAAUCCGUUAUCCUGAUCGGUUCUCCAACUCCCUCCACCACCUCCCAUUGGCGACUAAUGCGAUCCGUGGUAAGCGGCAGGCUAGUCAACGUUUAUUCCGAAAAUGACGGAAUUCUCCAGUUCCUUUACCGCGCAAAUAGCAUGCAACUUGACAUCGCCGGUCUUGAAGCCAUAUCUGAUGUUAGGGGAGUAGAAAACUACAACGUUACCGAUAUUGUCAGUGGCCAUUUACAGUAUCAGUUCUCGAUUGGUAACAUACUGCAACGAAUCGGAUUUGAUCAUCUGGAUGAACGUGAGAUACAAAGACAAGUCUACAAGCUUGAAGUGAAUGAAGAAGAAAUGAAACAUCUUGAGGAGGAGAGCGCUGCUACCGUUGCUGCUACUGGUGCUGCUACUACCGCAGCUACUACGGCUGAUGGUGCUGAUAGUGACCGCGGUGAAGAUACUGAUGAUGAGGCACCCGCUGGCAUAAUGAUGGUUGAUAAUGAUAUCGAAUUUGACGGCUCAACUGACCUGAAUGAAUGCCCAUAUCCUGAUAUUGAACCUGAGCAACUAGAACGGGACAUUGAAGAGAUGACCAGGGAGCGUCUUAUGAACGCGAGAAUGGGCGGUGUCCAGUGUGGGCAUAAUGACUGA